AUGGCAUCUGGAGGAGAGGACAGCCCCCAGGUGAUGGCACCGCCGCCGCCUCCGUCGCGGUUACCGGUCCCGCAGUCACCAGCUCACAGGGCCACUAGGAGUGGUAUCCUGAGCUCCAGCGCGAAGGGCUGGUCGCCAUUGCAGAUUACGAAGCGCAACCCCGACUCUGUACCUUCAACACCGGCGAAGGAGACUGGCUCUGCUCGUCGUUCCUCCAACUCGUUCCGUCACAUGGCGACUAACAGUCUCGUCGCCAAGUCGCCCUUCAAAGACAUCCGCACAGUACAGGGUGCCAUGUCCGCAGGUCUCGACUGCUCCACUAGCUCUAAGAAAGAAGUAAUCCACGAACGAAGAAAUCCCAACCGAGCCCUCGGCCAGGCCCCGACCGCCGCUGCUGGCAGCGCCAACACCCCCAGGUCUGCCGUCGGUCUUGGCAAGUCACGGUCACCGCCUGGGUCCGCCGUUAACGGCACCCGCAAGGUUUCCAACGAGCGCAAAGUUUCCAUUCCGUCGACGGCCGAGCGCAAGGCCAACAUGGAGCGUAAGGUCUCCCGGGAGGAGAAUGAUGAGAACGACAACAAGGGAAGCAUCAGCAAGAAGAAGAAGCUGCCGCGACAGAGUAUGGCCUACAAGGCACUCGUUAAGAACGAGUAUGUGACCCACUCCCCCUUCUUAACGGAGCGCGCCAACAACUCGGCCGACGACUCGGAGUUCGACGAGACGGAGAAGAGCAUCCAGCCCUCGAUUGGGUCUCCCAGCCCCCGCCGCACGUCGAGCGGCAGCCGCAAGCGUUUGGCCAGCCCCAGUGCCAACCUGGCUCAGAACCGGACCUCCAUGUCCUCGGCCGCUUCUCCCUCGAAGGCUUCCCCCACCCCUGCCCAGCAAAUGUCCCCAAGCAAACAACAAAUCUCGCCCAGCAAGCAGAUGUCUCCAGGGAAGGAGAACUUCCCCGCUCGCACGCCGACAAAGUCGUCUUUAGUCUCGAAGCGCAUGAAGGGUCCCCGAUCUGCCGGCAGCGCAUCCCCGCCCGCCCGUCGCAAGUCUGUCUCGUUCCAGCCUAUCCCCGACGUUCGGGAGUUCGAGUGUCCUAGCACGGACGUCUCGUACAACACGAGCGUUGAGCCUACCAGUGUUCCCGACACCGACGACUGGUACGACGAGGAGACGAGCUGGGUUGGUAGCAUCAUCAAGGACGAGGUCGACCUGGAGUUCCGACCGGUUGCUCAGGUGCACGCUCCGCAGUCCCAGCAGCAGGUGCAGGAUCAGGACCGGUCUUUCGACUCGAUGGAGGAACAGCCCAUGGGCGACGUUUCUGCCACUGCCGACUUUAUGGACUCCUUAUACGAAGAGGGUCUGUUUGGAGGCGACUCCAUGGAGCAGGACACCCCAGUUGUCGAGCAGCGAGCUACCUUCGACGGUCCGGCGGAGAGCAACGACGACUCGGAGGGUACCAACGACGGUCCUCAGCUCACGACUCCUCACAUGCCCAACUCGUCUCUCCCAGACCAGCAGAUUGGAUUUCCCAGCAGCCCGCACCACAAGCACACAAUCCACCCUCACCCGCCUCCGAUCGAGCAGCCCCAUCUUCCCCACAACGAGGACCACCGCAUGCUGCUCAACGCCGACGUCUCGCAGCCGCACAUUCCUUCUCCUCGCAAGGAGUCGACGCCCGAUGCUCCGGGACCGCACGCCCACCAGGUCGGCGCCAUGUACGACCCCUUCAUCUCGAUCCAAACCGCCACUGAGUUUGUCGGCGAUGCGAAGGAGCGCUCGGAAGAUGGCGUACCUCUCGGCCGCACGUCCCACGCCGACCGCGUUCACGCUGCUCGUGUUCUCGCAACCCAGUCGCUCGGCUUGGGCUUCCCUGGUCGCUCGCGCUCGCCAACGAAGAGCGGCAGCAACUCUGGAGCGAGCUCGCCCGGCUUAUCGGACGGUCAGGCGACGCCUGUUCCCCAGGGAACCCCUAAGAGGGGAGGUCAGCCGGAGGAGGACGUCUUUGGUGCUGUUGUCACCAGCCCGGCUGCGGCUCGCAAGGUGAGCCCUGCCGCCCGCAAGAGCCUCGACCGCAAGGUCUCCGACGUUCCCGAGCUGCAGGGUCCGUCCAGCCGCAUGGCUCAGUUCCGCGCGAUGAAGGGAUCGCCCUCCAAGCGUUCGCUGCCGAAGCCUCCCAAAUCGCCCGCACCGGCUCCUCAGCCCAUCGGUCUGCCUUCUCCUGUCCACGACCGCGCUUACAGCUCGGCGAGUGAGUCGGAAGUUGAGCCCGUGUCCGAGUCCGAGGGAGAGUACCGCCAGGAUGUCAUCGAGGAUACUCAGAGCAAGCGCCUUUCCGACCUGCCGCCCCCGAAGCUUACCCUCGGUGAGGAUUUAGAGUCUGCGCUGUCUCCUUCGCCUCCUCCCCGCCUUGCUCUGUCGCCCGAGCUCGAGGAGAAGUCGCUUCAGGACAUCACAGUCGACGACGAGCCAUACCGACCCGAGACGCCGACGCACCUUCCGUCUUCGCCUUACGCCGACAGCCCUCUGACUCCCAGCCAGCGUUUCGCUCGUAGAGCUGUGCGAGACGAAGAAGAGGAUGAUAUCUUCACCCCUCCCCGACCGCAUAGCGAGAGCAGGGAGCGUGAAUCGAGCCCGCGAAUCCCGUCGUUCGAGUUUGAACCUUCCAACCUCAGCAUUGAUGUGGACGUGGACUCGGACAGCUCGAUCGACGGAGCUCUGCACGCUCUCGGUGGCAUGCAGAUCACUGACGGCCGCGACCUGAUGGAGGGCAUGCAGUCCAUGGACGGCAUGCACUCGCCCAGCGUCAGGAGCUCUGUUUGCUCGGUGUCUUCGCAGGGAGAGUACGCUACGCCGCUCGGCUCCGUCGACGACCACGAGGACAGCAUGGACACGACCAUCCCCGCUAUCAGGCCGCCGACGACGCCUCGUUCCGGCUCGCCUGCGAUGGCUCGGACAUCCUCCCCUGCCACUCCCACCAGGGCUGGUUCGCCCAAGGUCUCGACUCCGCUCCGAGCCACUCCUUCGCGGGCGCACGUUACGUCGCCUCUCUCGGCUGCUCCCAUCAUGGCUACGGCUCCUUUGGCAGCUGAGGGCGAGUUUGGCCCGCAGGUCCCGCCCAAGGACGACGCCGAGGUCAGCACGACUACUCGCAUUCGCCAGCGCAUCUCCCGCGAUGCCAUCCGCGAGCAGGUCAACAAGCGAGUAGCUGCCGGUGAGCUCUCCCUCAACGGUCGCCCAACAUCUGUAUUCCAGCCCCAGACAACUGCCGAGGCUUCGCCCGUCAAGCUGGCUGCCCGACCAAACUCGGCGAACGGCACCCCUGUUAAGCUUCGAUCUAAGAAGUCGCUGUCUAACAUCACGGCCGCUGCCUCCUCGAAGAUGGACAGCCCGAAAUCUGCCCUGGAUCGCAUCGCCGGUGUCUUUAAGGGAGACGAGAGCACCGAGACUGCGUCCGCCCCUCCUUCGUCCCCUCCCCUUUCUCCUCCCCGUUCCCAGUCUGUCGCCGCUACUACCCGGCCAGCCGAGCCUACUCUCCCUCGCUCUGCUGCCGGCUCCAUCGUUGAUGACCCCAAGGCUCUCGCCGCGGCCCGCAAGUCACGACGUCGUUCGAACAGCACCGGUGAUAUUGGCAGUGUCAACAGGAGGGCACCCCGUGUCACGCUUGGGCUUGACGACGACGCGGUUAGUAUCCUUGACUCGUUCCGUGACGAGACGAUCGACGAGUCGGUCAGUGAAAAGCACUACCGCAUCCGAGAGGAGCGCCGCCAGGUCCGUGCUACCUACACCGGAUCUGGAAGCCUUUCGUCCCGAUCUGGCGACAAUGACUCGAUCAAGGCGUGGCGCCCCAUCCGGAGACCGAGUGACAUGCACGAGCACUCGAUCGAGCUGCGAGCAGCUCGUGAGAGGGAAGCCCGCGAGGGCAAGGCUAGUGGCACUGUGUUCGUCAAGGUGCUCGGUAUCGAGUCGCUGUCUAUGCCGAUGCCGAAGGAGCCGACGUACUUCCGUAUCGCUGUCGACAACAACCUCGAUUACAUCCGAACGGAUCGCUUCUUCGAGCUGAAGGAGGGUGCAAAGAUCAACCAGGAGUUUGUCAUGGCGGAGAGCGAGAACUUUGAGUUCUCCAUCGCGAUGGAAAUUCGUGCGGACCCGCACAUCCUGCGCCUCAUGCACGAGAAGGCGAACCCGCCGACAGCCCCUGCUCCCGCUCCUGCGCCCACGCCGGCUGCGCGGCCAGUCACCCCGACGAGCACGACGUCGCACAAGUCUCGGGGUCUCCGUGCUCUGUUUGGUGGUACGCCGAAGAAGAACAAGCACCAGCGAACGCAGUCUGUCCCCGUCACUUCCUCGGCGCCGGUUAAGAAGCCGUCUCCGCCGGCCAAGCGACCAGACACGAUCGCUACGUUCUUCGCUCCGGGCGGCGACACGACGCUGGCCAAGACGCACAUUGCCUUCAAGCCGAUCGCGGAGCAGUGCGAGGCCAAGGUGCUCGAGAUCCGGUACCCGAUGUUUGCCAUGGUGAAGCCCGCGCCGCUACCCGACGGAACGGCGCCGCGCAAGCAGCUUGCCAAGAUCACGAUCCAGGUGCUGCGCCUGCCUCCCCUCCCCGGCCUGGGCCCUGACAACCUGCCCGGCUCGAUCGACGAGACGCUCCGCGGUCUGCGCCACCACAAGUGGCACUCGCAGGUGUACCACGAGGGCAUCCUGACGCAAGUCGGCGGCGACUGUCGCGUCCCGCGCCGGCGCUUCUUCAAGCUGAUCGGCGGCUCGCUCGUGGCCAUCAAUGAAGUGACGAAGAAGGAAGUGGCGCGGAUCGACCUGCGCGAGGCGAGCGCGCUAGUGGACUGCAACAAGCCGGGUGUCGAGGACGAUUAUGACCCGUUCUCGGCGCGCCCGCGCUCCUUCCAGCUGCGCUUCACGGACAACGAGGCCAUCGUCUUCUCGGCCGACAAGGACGACGACAAGGCCGUGUGGAUGGACACGCUGCAAGGUCUGCUGGGCAAGGUGCCCUCGAACCCGAUCUGGGCCGAGAUGCUCUCCCAGUCGUCCAAGGAGAAGAGGGACCGCCGCCGCUCCAAGCGCAGGUCGAGCGCUAUGCCCCCGCCCGCGUCGACGAGCUCAAGGACCGCAGGGCGCAAGUCGCAGGUGCCCACUGUGCAUGAGUGA